CAACAUUCGUACUAGAGAUACGAGUAGAAUAGACCCCAUCAUCUUGUGUGGAGCUGAUCAGCAAUGUAACAUGCAUCGACCUUCAAUGUUAUCGGCACAUUGAAGACCGAGCAAGAUAUAUUCACCAUGGACGGUUGAUCGUUCCAACCUCUCCUCUUCCUCCUUGACUUUUCCAUGGCCUCCAGCCUCUGAAGCUGCUCAAUAAUAACAACAUGAGGUCGACAAGUUCUGGUACCAGAGUAUGGUACUCCAGCUUCUUGCUUCUUUUAGCAGCACAAGCUACCACCUGCUUCCCGUUCUGGACCAGAUCAACAACUCUCGACAUCACACUUCCGGCUUCAGCAGAAGGUGCAUCAUAUGGACAGUCUUCUUCGUUUGCCUCGUUCUCGUUUGAGCCUGCGUUCUGGGUGGAAUUCUUUGGAAAUGCAAGCAAACCAAACAAUCUCACGUUCGAAUUACUCUCGCGCAUCCACGAGAGAGGCGGAAGACCUAUCAUCCGACCGGGAGGGAUCACAAUGGACAGCAUGAUCUUUGAUGCAUCUGCAGGAGACCCUGUACGUACAACAAGUCCAAGUGGUGGAGUAUAUCGAACAACAGUCGGACCCAACUACUUUCACAGCUGGUCCAACUUCCCGAACGGUACAAAGUUCGUCUCGACGCUCAAUUUCGGUAAUGACAGCCUCGACAUUGCUCUGGAUAUGGCGUUGGCUUCUGUCAUGUACCAGCAGGAUAAGGUUGAAUAUUUUGAACUCGGUAACGAGCCCACGAACUAUCCAAGCACGCGGUGGGACAAUAUCACAGCAGCCUAUGUGCAACAGUGGAAGCAGUGGACAGGACAGAUUGAUGCAGCAGUCAAUCACACAUUGGGUGCUGAAAAUGCUUCUCGACUGGGCGGUGACCGAUGGUGGGCGUCCUCUGCGACCACAGACAAAUCUGGACUCAAUGUCCGGCCUGCCGACAUCAUUCCUGCCGGGGUAGACUCCGCAGAUCAAGUCGCCGAAUACUCCAUCCAUUCGUAUGCUUUUUCGACCUGUGAUCCCGCUCGUGCGGCGCUGGCGACCACCCAAAACAUCCUCAACCAUACCGAGCUCACCACUUACGCGGAUGAAGAGAUCUACCCUUCCGCAAAAGCUGCACUGGACUCCGGCACACCCUGGGUGAUUGGGGAAUUCAAUUCCAUCUCCUGUUCGGGCCAGCCGAAUGUCACCGACACUUUUGCCCAAGCUCUGUGGUCGGUGGAUGUCGAAUUGAUCUACGCUGUUCGCAAUGCCUCAUCUGUUCAUCUUCAUCAAGGUGCCACUUUGGUGUUUCAGAGUAGUGAUCAAGUCAACUCAGCCGGUAACGAUGGCUCUCCUGGCUUCUCCACCUACGACAUACUUUAUCCACGAGACAGCGGUAAACGUGGCAAAGCUCGUGCCCUGCCCAGCUUCGUCAGCCAAUUGUUCAUGGCCGAGGCGUUCCACACAUCAUCCGUCAAGGACGGCCCGGGGCCUGGUGUUCGGGUCAAGGCACUGGAACCUCCGCAAGGUGUGGACGCAGCAAGAUUCGCAGGUUAUUCAUUCUACGUGAACGAUAGAUUGAGCAAAGUGGCAUUGCUGAACUUGAACCCGUUUUACGCCAACUCGACAGAGAACUUCACACUGGAUCUGAAUCCGGGCUUGGCCGAUCAGGCAUGGGUCAAGAGAAUGACGGCUCCAUACGUGGACGAGACGAGAACUGAAAACGUCACAUGGGCAGGACAGUCGUUCCAGAACGGGAAAGCUAUGGGCAAACUCGACAUCGAACAGUUUAAAAAUGGAGACACCAUCAGUAUCAGAGGUAGCGAGGCAGUGCUCAUCUUCCUUGACAAAAAGGACGUCUAUGGCUUGUGAGUUGUGACGGGCCAAACCGACACGAAUAAUGAUGCUCUUUGCUCUAUGCGAAGCUAUGCGAGGUCUUCCAAGUCUAAUGGGGGCCUCCCGAGUUCUAAUAUACUAUCUCUGACACAUGUG